GAGCGGGUGUGGCGACGGUUGUGAUCUCGUUCCUAUUCACCACGUACUACAUCAUCAUCAUCACGUGGUCCUUCUACUACAUGUUCUCCUGUUUCACCGACGAGCUGCCGUGGACACAUUGUAACCACACCUGGAACUCUCCCCUCUGCUGGCUCAACACCUCCACCGAGAACUUCACGGCUGUACAGCCCAACGGAUCACGGUCACCCACCGAAGACUUCUUCAUAGAGAAUGUUCUGGAACGAUCAAGCGGCAUCGACGAACAAGGCGCCUUCCGCUGGCAGCUUCUGCUCAUCCUGCUGUUAUGUUGGGUCGUCGUCUACUUCUGCAUCUGGAAGGGUCCAAAGUCUACCGGAAAGGUGGUGUACUUCACUGCUACUUUCCCCUACCUGGUGUUGCUCAUCCUUCUGAUCCGGGGCGUGACCUUACCGGGGUCAGAGGACGGCAUCGACUACUUCAUCAGGCCGCGCUGGUCACUUCUGCUGGACGCUAAGGUAUGGGUAUACGCGGCUGCCCAGACGUUCAACUCUAUCGGCGUGGCGUUUGGCGGGCUCAUCACCAUGUCCAGUUACAGCAAGUUUAACAACAACAUCCUCCGUUUGCCUCUGUGGAAGUGAUCGUCACCACAAUCCAAGACCACUUUGCGAGCUACGUGAAGAAGUACUUCAAGAAAAAAGAGUUCCUUGUGAUGGCUGUGUGCUUCGUGUCAUUCCUCUGUGGCUUACCCAACAUCACGCAGGGCGGCUUCUAUUUCUUCCAACUGAUCGACUACUACGCUGCUGCUCUGUCACUCAUGAUCCUCGUUAUCUUUGAAGUGAUCGCUGUCUGCUGGUGUUAUGGCUGUGUGGGUGUUCAGCCUGAUCCAGUACAAGCCUCUCUCCGUGGCGGGCUACGAGUACCCCAGCUGGGCCAUCGGUCUGGGCUGGGUCAUCGCCCUCCUCUCCGUGGUCUGUAUACCUUCGGGAAUGAUCCACGCUGUCGCCACCACCAAGGGAAGCUCCUUGUAUCAGAAAGUGGUGAACAGCUUCAAGACCACCCUGGUCAACGAGAUGCCGUCGCCGACGGGCCUGAGUAGCGGCGAUGCCAUCCUCACCAAGGUCACCACCACCAACUCCUCGUCAAACUACAGCGACCAGCCCGACUGCAAGCCGCCGUCGAAACACUGCAUACAGCUGUAACUGUAGGAGGAGCAAUUACACAUCAGCACACUCAACAACACACUAAACAACACACCAGGACACUCAACAACACACAUACGACAUUAGUGGAAUAGUCUCUCUUCAACACACCAGCACACACUACAUCUCGCCACAACACACCAGCACACAACAACACACAACAAGACAAACAACGAUGUUAGUGGAAUAGUAUCACAACACACCACGCACAACAACACACCAUAUCACGCCACACACACUACACACAACAACACACCAUAUCACGC